AUGGAGGAGGCAACGCGAGACCGCACACUCCAAGACAUCGAGAAUGAGCUCGACAUCACCAUUUACCCCGGGACAGAGGUGAUGGUAGAUGUUGGAAGCCAUCACUUCAUCAAGUCCGGAAGUGGCAAUGGAGACGCUCGCGUUCUCGUCCCUCAGCCUUCCGAUGAUCCUCUAGAUCCGUUGAACUGGACGUUUCUUUGGAAGCUCACCACCAUUAUUUGCGCCAGCUUUGUUUCGAUUAGUCAAAACCUCGGUCCGCUGGCGAACGCACCUCUGUUUGGGCUGUACAUGGAGGAAUGGAACGUGAGCCUGGCAGACGCCGUGCAAACGACAGCCGUGACAAUCCUCAUCCUCGGCUUCAGCAACUUAGUAUGGAUUCCUAUCUCGACGUGCUUUGGUCGGAGACCCGCCCUCAUCUUCAGCACGCUGGUAUGCACAGUUUCUUCGAUCUGGAGAGUACGCGCCACCAGCUAUAAGUCCUUUCUGGGAGCCUCAGCUCUCAAUGGAUUUGGUGCGGGCCCUUGCGAAAGUCUCAUGCCUCAAAUAAUAGCCGAUAUUAUCUUCCUCCACGAUCGUGGUAAAUACCAGACAUUAUACUUUGCCAUCUACUUUGGAUCCCUCUCGAUUGGUCCUAUCAUAGCUGGCAGCAUGGCAGAGCGAUUCGGAUGGAGAUCCUUCUGGUGGUUCAACACAGGGCUCCUCAUCUUCACCCUCGUCCUCAAUAUCACGCUCCUUCCGGAAACACGAUUCGCCCGAAAAACACACCCCAAUCCGACGUCUGAAUCAAAUCCUUCUGUCGAGGAACCCGAGAUCAAGAAGAGUUCCGUCAUCGAUCACUCAGAGAAUGGCUCUUCUGAGCAGCCACAGGACCCAUGGCUUUCGCGCGGACACCCUUCACUGAAGCAAUUUCUUCCAUGGGGGCCAUAUCAAGGGAGUAUCCUGCAAGAACUAUGGCUUCCGUGGUAUCUUCACGCCUUUCCCAUUGUCGAGUUUGCCGCCUUUAUUGUCUCCUUCUCAGCUUCCGGCUUCUUGGUAGCCAACUUGACUCAGCAACAAUUCUUUGCCGCGCCCCCUUACAACUUCACGACACAAGAAGUAGGCUUCACCAAUUUCGCCAUUUUCGCGGGCAGUAUGAUCGGACUGCUCACAUCUGGUCCGCUGUCUGACUGGGUUGCCAAUUACUUCACAAAGCGAAACAGGGGCAUUCGGGAGCCAGAGAUGCGGCUACUCACCAUGCUUCCUUAUACCUUGGGAAUGAUUAUAGGCCUUGUCGUGGUUGGGGUGGGUUAUAGCCGCUUCUGGUCAUGGAAAGUUAUUGUCAUCAUCGGCUACACCUUGCUAGGAAUGCAAGUGACAAGCUUGCCGAGUAUCGCGUCGACAUACGCGAUUGACAGCUACAAACCAGCCACGGGAGCUAUCUUUAUUGCAAUCACAAUAAACAAGAACCUAUGGGGCUAUGGCGUCGGCAAGUUCAUCACGCCAUGGACGGUGGAGGCAGGGUAUCUCGUGCCGGUCAUGACACUCAUGGCCUUGAUCACGUUCUUUUGCAGUUUUGGCAUAUUAUUCUGGUACUGCGGGAAGUGGUUCCGAGGCCGAUCGAAGAAUUCCUUCUUGCAUCAGCUGGAUAGUUAG